AUGGCAACUUUAAAGAAGUUUCUUUCAAUUUUCAUAAUCUAUAUUGCACUUAUGUUGGGGCUUGUUAAUUCACAAGGCCUUGAAGUAGGAUACUAUAAGAAAACAUGUCCAAAUGUAGAGGCAAUUGUGAAAAAGGCUGUUGCUGGCUCCGUUUCUCGUGAUACUACUCUGGCUGCUCCAUUGUUGAGAAUGCACUUUCAUGAUUGUUUUGUUAGGGGAUGCGAUGGUUCAGUGUUACUUAAUUCCACUAAAAGUAAUCAAGCUGAGAAAGAUGCAAUUGCUAACCUAAGCUUGAGAGGAUUCCAAGUAAUUGAUGCUGCAAAAUCUGCUCUAGAAAAACAAUGUCCUGGCACUGUGUCUUGUGCUGAUAUUGUAGCCUUAGCAGCUCGUGAUGCUGUGUCACUGAUUAAUGGACCAACAUGGAAAGUACAACUGGGAAGAAGAGAUGGGAGAGUCUCAAUUAUGUCAGAAGCCACAACAAAAUUGCCAACUCCUUUUGAUAACUUCACUACUCUGAAAACAACAUUUGGUGGAUUGGGCCUAAGCGUAAAAGAUCUUGUUGUUCUAUCAGGUGGACAUACUAUUGGGGUAUCACAUUGCUUUUCCUUCAGUGGCCGUUUGUACAAUUUUACUGGUAAAGGUGACAUGGACCCAAACAUGGACAAAAACUACAUAGCCCAAUUGAAGACCAAAUGUAAGCCUAAUGAUGUUACCACUACAGUUCAAAUGGACCCUGGAAGUUCCACAAAAUUUGACACAGAUUAUUACACUUUGGUUAGCAAAAGAAGAGGGUUGUUUGUAUCUGAUGCAACACUUCUUACAGAUAAACAAACAAGAGCUUAUGUUUUGGGCCAAUUAAAUUCUGGAUCAACUUUUUUUAAGGAUUUUGGGGUGUCAAUGGUGAAUAUGGGCAAAAUUGGAGUCCUUACUGGGAAAUCGGGUGAAAUUAGAAAACAAUGUGCGUUCAUAAACUAA